GGCGACUUUCUAGGCAGUUAUGAAAACACUACAUUACAGUGUAUUAUGAGUUUGAAGUGCAUAAAUAAAUGCAUAUGCUUCAUUUAUGUUAUCAAUUUUGGUAUUAUUUUUCACUAUGGUAUCAAAUAAGCUUAGAUUUAAAUAUAUGUGAUAAAUAAUAGGGAAGCGUUAUGCUAAGCAUCGCGGCAGACUGAAAUUUUCGUAUAAAGUAUAAGGCAGGGCGAGCGUUAUCGGCAGACCGAAAUUUACAUAUAAUAAAAUGCAGAGCAUUAUCGAAAGACAGAAAUGUUGACAUAAUUAUGUAAGUUUCUAGAAAUAAUUAGAACUAGGAUCAUAUUGAAAUUCCAAGCCCGGGGUGGUGGGUGGUUAGUUUUAAGUAGUGUUGAUAUUGAUAUAUGAAUAUGUAUCUUUAAUUUUAAUGAGCAUGGCUCAAACACAUUUCAAAACUGAAGCUAUGCACAAAUUUAAAAAAAAACAUUUUAAUAGGCCUAACCAUUUACUUUUAAGCUUAGAGCAGCAGGCCGCUAUCCAAACCUUUUACUGUUUUAUUGUUGCCCCCCACAAUGGCCACGGCCACAAUGCUUCCAACGGCAAUUUUUUAAAUUCAUUGUAUUAAUGUAAAUAAAUUUUGGAAUAUUUGAACCCUUUAGUUGUAUUGAAUUUCUUAAAGGGCCUACUAUAUGAAAUUAAAGAAAGCUGUUGCACAUUAGAUUUGGCUGAACUACAGUGACAAGAAAACUAUGGCCUAACUAUCUAUCAUUAUGUCACAGAAUAAUAUAGGCCUAAUAAUAUAAUGCCAUAUUAUGUUAAUUCGUUAAAAAAUAUUUUAGGCAAUUCAUUGUGCCUACAUCUGCUCUGUUAGGGUCUAUUCAACCUAUACAGUGUUACUAAUAUAUUCAGUCAAUCCUCUUGGACAUAACUAUAAUUUUCUAUUGUUUCCUAUGAAAUAUUAUACUAGUAUUAAGUAAUAAUAAAAAUAUGUAGCCUAAGUGAGACUGGUUCCAUGGGCUCUGGAGUUUUCCUUGCCCUGUAAGGGAUUGCAGAGUCAGUUACAUGUUUCAAUUCUUCAUGUAGACUUACAUUUACCCAAAUUAGAGAGGUCUUAAAUUGAUGUUUGACUAGCCAACCAAGGGUCCCAGGUUCUAAUCCUGGUGAAGGCUAAGAUUUUUUCCUGGUCCUUGAAGGUAUCCCUGAGUCUACCCAGCUCUGGUGGGUAUCUGGCAUUAGUUGGGAAAAACAAAAGUAAAGGUGGAUGGCCACACACUCAGCUAAUAUGACAUAGCUACAGAAACUACGUGAAAACUGUUUCUAUCGCCCCCAUGGGUAGGCCAACAUAAUCUGAAAGGGAACUUACUUUUCGAAGACUUGCAUCAUUCAAAUAUACCAAGGGGUUUCAAAUAAUUUGUUUUAUGUUUAGACCCAUAGUUACAACAGUAGCAUGAUAUGAAAUGACCAACAGUAAUAAGAAGGAUUUAAAAAAAAAAAAUAAUAAUGAUAAAAACAGACAUUAACAAAUAAUAAGAACAAGCAUUUUUUUUUUUAAAAAUUGAGAUACUAUUUAAACUUUAACAUUACAGUAUCAUCUUGUAUUAUGAUUGCUUUAGUUGGAUUUAAAAGUGAUUAGAUUAGAAAAAAAAAAAUAAUUUCCAGUAAGAAUAACCGUUUGAAAAGAACAGAUCGAGUUUUAAGGCUGGAGCUACUCACAAUGUACAUAAACUUUCAACAAGUUGACCACCCCAUGCGCUGAGCUUUUCUUGCCAACAUCGUUCUAUUGCCCAUUUCCAACUCCUCAGACAGAAUAAUUGCGACCAGCUGCGAAUCUGCGCAUAAUGCCAAGUGUUAUUGGCAGACCGCAAUUUUUGAAUAACGAUGAGCGUUAUGCGCACAGCUGUGCAUAUAAUAAUAAUCACUUCGUAAAUAAUAAUUAUUAAUAAGACUAGACCGUCUAGGCCUAUUUAAUUUGAAAUUGAAGUCUUUGUAAAAACAAUAAUAUUGGACCAGGUUAUUUUUUUUAAAUUCUGUAAAUAGGACUGAGUGAGUGACUCUAAUUAAGAAGACUGAGUGAGUGAAUGUGAUUACUAAGACUUAAUAAUCAUAAUAAUAAUAAGUGGUCUUAUAUAGCGCGGUACCCCAGCCUAGGGCUCACUUAGUGAGUGAAUGUGAUUAAUAAGACUGAGUGAGUGAAUGGGAUUACUAAGACUUAGUGAAUGUGAUUUCUCAGACUGAGAGAGUGAAUGUGAUUAAUUAGACUGAGUGCCGAGUGAGUGAAUGUGAUUAAUAAGACUGAGUGAGUAAUUCUGAUUAAUAAGUUAAUAAGACCGAGUAUUAAGUGAAUCACUAGCUUACUUGCCAAGUAAUAGUGAUAUUUACCUUUCUUUUGUGGGUUAUAAAAUUAAUAUUAAAAUAUUUUUUUUCUCUAUGAUGAGAACUAGUAGCAAGUUUGCCAAAUAAUAGGCCUAUGUUUUCUUUGACAAGGCUCACAAAUUAUUAUCAAUUCUAUGAUUUCUAUGAGAACUAGGAACAAGGUUGCCAACUCAAAGAACUAAUUCAAAUAUUACAAAUCUUCUUAAUAUUUAUGGACAAAUUAAAAAUAAACUAGGAAGCUUAAAAAAAAAUUUUAAUAUGUUAAUUUGAAAUAUACACCUAAUUUUUUAUUAUGACUAUAUCAUUAUAUUAUGCUUGUAUUUCUAAACCUUAUAUGUAACCAUGACUUUUGAGCCUAUUUAAAACUUUAUUGCAGCAUUUGCAUCAGUGUUAAAUGUUGAAUUUCUCCUGAUUAUGAUCAUACAGUGACAUAGGACCUACAAAGAAAAUAAAAUCAAGCAUAAAGAAAUCACAAACAAUGCGUUAUCCCAUUUUUACUUCAAAAAAUAUUUAUCCAUUCUUAAUUUUAUUUAUGGACAUCCUAAAAUUCUGACAGAUUUUUAUGAACAAAUCAUUUUAGGUUAAUUUUUUACAAAACUCUCCUUAAAUUUACAAACAAUUGGCAAACCUGACUAGGAGUUUAAUUAUUAUAUUUUUCUAAAUCUAAUAAUUUCAACUUUUUUGAUCGGUCAAUUUAAGAAACCACAUGUAUUUGUCUAAAAUUAUGGAAGCAUGUGCAUCAUCCAACAUUUCGUAAACAUGAAAUUGAUAUAUUUGCUUUCCUAAAUCGCAUGUAAAACAUAAUAAAUUUCACUCAUUUCAAAAAAGAUUUUCUCUUUUUAGUGGCACCUACUUAUCUUAGUGGCUAGGCUUCUACUACCACACCAUGGUCAGCAUACCAGAUUGGGCUAGGUUCACUCAAUUGUCAGAUAAUAAGCAACAUAAUGCACAACAUCUUUUAAAUAAGUUCUAUAAACAGAAGGAGACUGAAGUCAUUAAACAGGCUGAGGAAUAUGGGUAAGACAUUGAUAAGAUAUUAAAUUAAAAUAUUUUAAAACUUCAUUUAUCAUUUAUAUGCGAAAACAGGGGUCUUCAACCUAUAGCCCACUGGCCAGGUCCAGUCCACCAAUGGUCCUUAACCCGGUCUACCAGGCCAGAAUAAAGUUACCGGGGUAGCAGUGGCCAAUAUGGAACUGGAUGUUUAUCAUCUCAUUAGCCAAAUUUUACUUUGAAAUUCUAUCAAGCUUAUGUUGAUCACAGUUUUACUUCACAAUAUUUUAUUAUUUUGGCCAGGAUUUUGUGUUCCACUUCAAAUAAAUGUGUGCAGUGUGCAAAGGAUUCUUUCAUAAAUAUAUUCAGGCCGCCAACAGUGUUUGAAGAAUACUGCUCUUGCCCCCCAAAUUGUUUUAGGACACAGUUCUGACCCCCCAUUUCAAAACAUUUGAGACUCCUGUACUAGAAAGUAUGCUAUAACUUAGUAUAACACUGAAUGACCUAAUUUAACUUGAGUUUGAAUGUGAAUUUUAGCAGGCCAUGGAGGGAAAACAACGAACCCUCUCAUCAUUUGUAACUUUAUGUGGAAUGAUUGUCAAAACUGUAUUUUACAUUGUCCUUUAAAAUGAUACCAGAACAGAAGAAAUGUCUUUUCCCAUCAUCCUUUGUAUUUUAAUUUUGCUAUCAGCCUUGUUCCUAGCUAUCUGAAAGCGUUAGAUGUUGGUGAUAACUAAAGAAAUUUUUCAUUAAAAAAAUUUUUUUUUGGCUCUUAGUGCCAUCUUUAAAAUUAUGCUAGUUUCAGAAGCAUGGCUCCUUCUUCCUUAGACAAUUCAUUACCUGUUGCUUUCAUUGAAUAAAAGAACUUUCGCUGUAACCAUCAACAUGCUUUAUAAUUACAGAUAUUUCUUCCAUCCAACCAAAGAAGCAUUAUUUGCACACUGUGAGAAUCAGAACCCACAGCGAAAAGAUAUAGACACGUUUAAACUUGUUUGUCUCACUGGUGUCCACUUAAGAUCAUUAGGAGAUGUUGGAGUGUGCUCGAAUCUCACGAUAUGCUUGCUUGCUAAUAACUUCAUAGCAAAGUUUGAUUCCUUACGAAACUGUAGGCAACUCAUCAAGUUAGAUCUUCAUUCCAAUCAGGUACGACAAGGUAUUUUAAAACUGUUAUGCUAAUUUUUUUGUAUUAAUUGCUGCAUUUGUCAGGAAAAAAAACUUAACUAAAUAUUUUAAUUAUUCAACACAAGCAGAAUAAUUUAAAACGCAUGUCAUGCUUGUUUUUUAAAUAUGUAAAAUUUUUAAAAAUGCCAAAAAAUCUUUGAAUUGUUACACCUACACAUGGAAAGUCUCAAAUCAGUUUUUUGGGUACAAUUAUUAUUUUAAAUUAUGGAUACCUUAGUUUUUUAAAAAAGAUACCAAUUCCUGUUGAUGAAUGUCUAUUUCAAUUUUGUUUCAGUCAUUUUUAAUCAAUAUAAGAUAUCUACAUCCUGGAGAGCUAAAAAUUUAAUCUAAUUUUACUCCUGACAAAUGUUUUAAUAUGUGAACUCUCAAAUCCAAAAGAAUUUCAAAUUUUAUGUUUAGGAAUUUAAAACAGAAAAGGUAGAGAAAGUUUGUUAAUUUUUCAAUGUAUGGGCUUGUUGAUGACCAAUUAAUGACAUACAUCUUGACAGGUGUCAUCUAUACCUGGCUCAUCAUUCUGGAGUGUUCUCCGCAAGCUGCACACUCUCUACCUUCAUGAUAAUCCUUUAGGACAUUUUGAAACACUGCAAAUCUUAGGCUCAUCACCAUGUCUUUCAAUUCUGACACUUCAUGAUACACCAUUAUCCUUAAAGAAAAACUACAGGUGACCUAGAAAUAAUGGAUCCUUAAAAUAUGAUAGUGUUGUGGUAGUAAAGCAUGAUACUUUUAUGAUUAGAAAAAAUUGAUACAUAUUUCACAUUUGGCUUUAUUACAAGAAUUGAUUUGAUUUUUACAUCAAAAUAUUUGGUAUUAGUUGUUAGAUGAAAUAUAUUUGGUAUUAGUUGUUAGAUGAAAUAUAUUUGGUAUUAGUUGUUAGAUGAAUAUAUUUGGUAUUAGUUGUUAGAUGAAAUAUAUUUGGUAUUAGUUGUUAGAUGGAAGAUAUUAGGUAUUAGUUUUUAGAUGGAAGAUAUUUGGUAUUAGUUGUUAGAUGAAAUAUAUUUGGUAUUAAUUGUUAGAUGAAAGAUAUUUGGUAUUAUCAGUUAGGGAAAAGAUAUCUGGUAUUAUUUGUUAGAUGAUUAUUUGAUAUUCACUUAUUAUUAUGACAACUGUAUGCUGUGGAGAUUACUAAAUAAUGAUAAUGAUCUUAAUUUUUCCUUCUGUCAGGGGAUUAUGUGGAAGAAGAGAGAAAUCAUUUUAUCAGUAUUUUAUUCACUGUAGAAUCUUUAUGGAACACUUGUUCAGUGUUUCAGAAGAAUAUUUCUAGAUCUAUAAUUAACAUAUACCACCAAAGGUAAUGGUGAUGAAAUUGUAAUCUGUUUUUUUGUGGCUAAUUUCUUUUUCUAGGCACCAUGUUGUUAAUAGCAUCUUGACAUUGAAAGCCCUGGAUCACCAUGUCAUAUCUGAUGAAGAGAUCAUAGAAGAUGCUGUGUUUAGUGGAAGGUUCACGUCAUUGGGCCCUUCAUUCAAGAUAGACUUGUGUCCUGAAACACCUCAAGUAAUUUACCUGCAAAAGUAUUGUGCCCUAAGUUUUCAAGCUUUCUUACUUUACAACGCAUUACUAACAUAAAAUUAUACCAUGCCCUAUUCAAAUUUUAUCAGUUAAAAGCGACUGACAAAUUGAGGAGUAGCAUCAAAGCAAAUUGCUAUAUUACUAGAUAAGAUAAGUUUUUUUUAUUGAUCCAAACAAUUGGAAAUGUUUUAUGAUUAAAUUUUAAGCAUUCAUUUUCAGCACAAAAGUAAAUAGGCUAUGUAUUUUAACCAAGACAAUAUUUUACAAUUAUGACAAUUUAAACAGAACACAUCAAAGUAUUUCUCUAGAGUAGAAAUCAGCCAUGAAUGAACUCCUAUUUUGACAAUAAUGACUUAAUUAGUGAUCAUUUACAUUUGGUAACUGAUAGGGGAACAUGCUGGUAAAUUUUUACCGACUGGGGAAAAAAAAGGAUUUUUUAUAUAUUUCAGUGCUAACUUUAAGAGAGAGAAUUUUCCCAAAUUGAGCUGAUCUUAGGUAUCUGUGGUGAAAUGGGUGGGAUGUAUCAUCCAAAUUUUUUUAAAGAGUUGAAACUGCGUUUUUCUUCAAAUAGUUCCUCUGUUGAUAUUAAGAUGAAUAUAAUUAUGUGUCUUAUAAAAAUCUAUAGAUAAAUGGCUCCCAAAAAACUUAGUUUAGCAUCUAACGGUACCAUACAUUAAAUCUGAUGUAUCUUAUCUUUCUGGUGUGUACUGUGACAUUCCUGUCAAAAGCUGCUCGCCUAAUAAUUUAGAGAGUGCACACUUUUUCACUUGAUGGUUUUGAGUCAAAUGCAAUUUUAUUUAUAUGUUUAAUUAUUUUUAUUUCUUAAAAGCCUACAUACUUAGUGCAUACCCUUGUGAACAUCUAGUCUCUUCAGAUGCAUCUUCAGUUCUAGUGAAACUAUCAGAUGCAUCUUCAGUUCUAGUGAAACUAUCAGAUGCAUCUCCAGUUCUAGUGAAACUAUCAGAUGCAUCUCCAGUUCUAGUGAAACUAUCAGAUGCAUCUUAGUUUUAGUGAAACAAUCGUAAUUAAUAUAUCUUUUUAAUUCAUUCAUGUUCAGGACACAACAUUCAGCCUUGAAAUGGCCACCUUCAGGGCUGUGAUUUCAAAAGUCAACACAAUUUUAGCGAAACACUCCCCAGUUCUUAUUGUACAGCGAUACCUGCGGGGAUACCUGACCAGGAGAAGGUGAGCACACAGCCUCACUCUUUUUGUUUAGUUACUUUAUUUCAGGGUUCAGGAAUAGUCACUGUUUACCAGGAGCUGGAGAAAAAGGCAUAUGGAGGGGAUAGCAGAGGGAGUGGUUCAUCCCCAGGCUGCACUUUUUUUUUUUAUUGUGGGGCUACAUUUUCUGUCGACUGCAGAGUUUUGUUCAUGAAAAGUGGGUGCAAAAUUAUUGGCCUGCCCCCGAGUUGCCCUACCCUAGCUAUGCCACUUGCUGGAGAUACCGGGUAUACUUCUGCCAUUUUAUAAUAUAAUUCACUCAAAUCAGAAAUGGAAGCUGUGGGACAAUAAUAGGCCUACAAACUUUGUGCAUUAGCACUGCAUGCUAAAUGGUGCCAGAUAAAUAAAGUUAUGUGGGCCAAAUUGGAUUUUACAGGUCAACAGAUGUACCAUGAUGUUUCUCUUUCAAAGGAUGGAAAAAACUUUUUGUUUUUAUUUAUCUUGUUCAACACAUGUUAUAAUAAAUAAGGGACUGCAUUCAAGCCAUGUAAAUUAAAUAAAUGGUGUAGCAAGAUAUGAUUAGGCUUAAAAAUAAAAGACAAGAUAAUAAAGGAGACAUUUAGGAUAGAGGCCAUCUUCAGCAGAGAAUAUAAUACACUAAACAACAGAUAAAUUCUAGUAAAAAAAAUUAAACUUAUGUUUUCAAAGAUCUCAAUAAAGUCUAGUUAGCUCAAUGUUUAGAACAGGAAGCACCUGGCACCCACUUAGCAUAAAUAGCUAAUGCACAUAUAUUGUAUUACUGCCCCACAACUUCCAUUGCAAUUGUAACGGACUAUGUUUUCACAUGAAAACAGAGAGGUAGCAUGAGUGAACAGUGAAUUGUGUUGACCAUGUAUUUUGAGAUGCAAAUGUGAACUCCACGUUUUUGGAGAGUAAAAUUAUGUUUUUGUCAGAGCGGUUGUUUUCCACGCUUUGCUGAUAAUAAAGUAUGAGUUGACUGAGAUAAGGAGUCAGAGUUAGUCGGAGUUGAGUUAGAGUUGAGAUGUAGUACAGUUGAGCUGAGUUGACAGUAGUAUGAGGACGUGUCUUUCUUAAUGAUGGAAUACUAUAGAUUUAUAUGUGAAAUUACAUUCAUGCAAGGAUUAUUUAUUAAUAUUAUCAAUAUAAAGUGUGUUCAAUAAAGUACUGUAAGUUUAACCAGGAUUCAGUAUUCUUAUUUGCGUGCCCGGAUUAUAAGUGGAAGAAUGAAGAAGCCUUAGUCGGCAUCCUGAAAUAUCAACAUAACAUAAGUAACCAUACUACUGACAUAACCCACAGCAUAAGAAAUAAGCUCCCACGCCAUGUCAGAGUAGGUGUGUUACAAAUGGUGUCAGAAGCGGUGUAACGACGAUGCGUUACAAAUAUUGUAAAGAAGUGUCAGAAAUGUGUUACAGAACAUUGAGUAACAAUGAUAUAUUUUAAAAUUCGAGCGGAAGAAUACAGCGAACGACAUUACGACCGUGUAUUAAUCAAGUCCGAGACGAGUUCACUACACACAGAGUUAGCCGAUAAUUGAGGUCAGUCACGGGAGUUCAGAGUUCAGUCAACUGGUACACGGCAACUAGCAGCAUAAGGAAAAUUUUCAAGUUAUUUACAACUGUAGCAAAGAUUUACUGUAAGCCUACAUAUUACAAGACCAACAGAAGUAGAAGUCUGACGUUAUUACAGAUGAGAUGUGUGUAUCAAGACAUCGAAAGUAAGAUUUCCCCAGCAUAAUCUUCACUUUAUACAAGCCGCACAAAGCCUAGUGCGCAUUUCAAGUAAAGUAAUUCUUUAAUUACUCACAAGUUCAACUGAAUCGGAGAGAAAGUACACUAUUUUCAAUUGGAUUAUUACACUAUUACUUCUAUUACGCAAGGUACUUGCAUUGGAUUACUGAAGCAGUUUGUGUUGUAACUUUUUCAUUGGAUUAUAUAACUUUUGCAUUGGAGUAUUUACCCAAGUACACUUUCUACAUAGAAGGAUUAUCGACUACACAGAGAUCAUAGCGUCACAGAGGAGCAGAGGUGACCAACUACAGAUUUCUUUUAAACACUUGGUAUUUAUGUAUUUAUGUGUUAUGUAUUAUAUAUAAUUUAAGACUUUAAAAAUCUACUUAUAUCAUACUUAAUUAGAUUAAGUAAAUUUUUUUUCUUUUUCUGUAUAUUAUAAGUUUAAUUUUAGAGUAUACUUUAGGAAUAUCCACGGUGUUAUCUUUCCUAGGGAAGUUUUUUUAUUAAAACAGUAAAGGUUUCUUCUGGCCCUAUUUAUAACACUGUAGGAUAAUUUUAUGUUAGCUGUGAAGUCUAGUUUGUACAUUGUCAUAACUGUUGUUUUUUAGUAGAUCUUGUCAUAUUUGUGCUAUUUGUCUUGUCAUUGUUAUACAUAUUGUCAACCUACUGUCAUAUUUUCUACUAUCUUGUUGUCCAUAAACUAAACAGUACUUUUGUAUUUGUUGUCUCAUUUGUAUUCAUGUAAACGUCUACAUAUCUGUAUUUAUGUUGUGAAGUAGACAAUUUAAUUAUUUUAAAUUUUUCUUACACUUAUUUAUAACUUAUAAUUUAUGUAUCAACUUGCAUUUGUGUAUACAUUCAUUAACAUGUAAAUAUAUGUAAUAUUGUAAACUAUUUUAAUUAAUAACUAAAGAAUAAGGAGAUAACUGAUAUACUGAUACAUACCAAUAUAAUUUUGGUUACUCACAUUACACAUAAAAAUGGCAGAGUACUUAGAAUUAUUAGAAGUAGGUGAGAAGCUUGGCUUGAAGCAGGAGAAAUUAGCUGACUUCGUAACUCGAGAAAUGGACAAACUUAGGGAAAAACAAGACAAAGACAAAGACCGAGAAGCUAGACUGUUAGAGAGAAGCGACCUUAAACAAAUAGAAGAAUUAAAAUUAAAAGGACAAAAAGAAAUUGAUGAACUAAAUUUAAAAGGACAAAAAGAAAUAGAACAACUUAAAAUAAGAGAGGAAGAGCUAAAACUAGAAAGAGCUAGAAUAGAAUCAGGACAGCAUACACCAUCAACAAGCAAUAGAGAAACUAAUAGCACAUACAAACCUAAAUUUAGGGAAUUUAAUGAACAUAAAGAAGAAAUUAUUAGUUAUUUGUCACAAUUUGAAGGCAUAUGUCAGUCUUAUAAUUAUAGAGAAGAGACUUGGGCUAAUAUUUUAUUGAGCAGAUUAUCAGGGAAAAGCCUAAGUAUUAUUAAUUCACUCAGUGAAGAACAAAAGAAUAAUUAUAACUAUAUAAAGAAAGUUUUGUUAAAGUUUUAUGGAAACACAGAAGACAUUUAUAGAAAAAAUUUUCACAACAUAAGACUAGAGAGAGAAGUAGACCCUAACACCACCAUAUUCAAUAUUAGAGACAAUCUUGUCAAAUGGCUUGAAUUAACUGAAAUUGACCUAAAUGAUCCAAAGGCAUUACUAGAUAUGUUUAUCAUAGACAAAAUACUAAGAAAUGCAUCAGUCACUUUAUUUUCAUUCCUUAAAGAGAGAAAGAUUAAAAAUGAGCGUGAGUUAGUUGACUCAAUCACAACAUUCAAAGAUGCUCACCCCAAUGAAGAGCUAGAUAAUAGAAACAGCACACUAGCUUCUAUUAGAAACACACCCAGUGAUAGGGACAGUCAAAAACAAAACACAUAUCAAAACAGAAGAUACCACAGCCUACCUGCCAGAUGGCAAAACAAUAAAUUUCAGAAAAGUCAUCAAAACAAUUAUCAGACACCAUAUACUAAUUAUUCAAACAACAACAAAUGUUUCUACUGUGGCAUUCCAGGUCACAAAAAAUAUGAGUGUAGAAAAUUACAUAGAGAUUUAGGACAUUCACAACAAUACUAUCAGAGAACAUCACCCAACACUAGUCCAAUUAGAUACAACAGUACAAAUAGGAGUAGACCACAAUAUAGAAACCAAACAAAUGAUCACCAGAGACACAACACCAAUCAAACAAAUAGUAGACACAAUCAGAAUACACCACAUGAAACAUCAGCUAGUAUUUAUCACACUGAUGGAACACUCAAAUUUUCACCAGCAAUUGUAAACAAUAAAGUAGUUAAAUGUCUCAGAGACACUGGUUGUACAACAAUAAUUGUAGACAGAAAAUUAGUAAAUGACAACUACUACACAAAUGAAAAAGCCAUAGUUAUCCUAACCAACAAUAAUAGAAAGUAAUGGAUAAUCCAGUGUGUCCAUUAAUUAUUGGCAAUAUAAAAGAACUAGGCAAUAACACUAAUUAUCUAAUAACAGAAGGGAUAAGAGGAAGACAUUUUAGCAUGAAUACAAUACAUAGCAUAUCAAGACAACAUAACAAAGGAAUUCUUAAUAAAACAUAUACAGAACAAAAAUCAGACAGGGCAAAACACAUUUUUAGACUCAAUUCAAGAAAUAUUCAUCAACACUAUAGACAGGCUGGAAAAUUCAAAAAUGAAAUCAAAGACAGAGAAAACAAGUUUCAAGAAGAACAUUACACAACUACAAAUAACAAUUUUAUGGAAAGAGAUAGACAAAGAGAUAACAGAUCACAAUUGUCAUUUUCUUCAGUGCGGAGAAAUACUUAACAUUCCAUGUUAGCUAACCUAGCAUAAAACUCUCUAAUAAAUCAAUUAUUAGCUGUUAAAAACAAAAUUAAGGACAAUAACACAAUUUAUAGGGGACAUAAUUACACAAUAAAACAUAAUAUUCUAAUCAGAAAUUUUGAGAAAGGUGAAAUCAAAAAAUCUCAAAUAUAAAAACACCACACACUCAGAAAGAAGUAAAAGCCAUUUCAGGUUUGUGCAAUUUUUACAGCACUUUUGUUCCAAAAUUUUCUGAUGUUACACUACCCUUAAGGAAACUAAUAAAUAAAGAUAGCAAAAAACAAAUAGUAUGGACGGAUGAAUGCGAAAAUACACUGAGAACAAUCAAAGAAAUUUUCCAAAGUGACAACAUAUUGUUAUCACCCAAUUUUAAACAGUCUUUCACUCUAGUUACAGACGCCUCCAACAUUGGAUUAGGAGCUUGCCUUAUGCAAGAAUUCAAUCAUAAAUUAAGACCAAUUACCUAUCUAAGUAGAGCACUAAGCAGAACUGAAAUUAACUACUCAACCAUUGAAAAAGAAUGCUUAGCAAUUGUGUGGGCACUUACAAAACUACAGAAAUAUCUAUUAGGCAGAAAAUUUACAUUACUGACUGAUCACAAGCCAUUAAUGGCACUGAAUAGAAAGAAAAUAGCAAACAGUAAAAUAAACAGAUGGUCGUUGAUACUAUUAGAUUAUCAGUAUGAGAUAAGGACAAUAAAAGGAAAAGACAAUACAGUAGCUGAUUUCCUUUCCAGACACAUUGAACAUGCAGACAAUGACAAAGACACUGACUUAAGACACAUUAGUCAGACAUUCUAAAUGAAUAUACACACAUACGUUCACUCAGUUUUUUGAUAAGACACUUGUACAUAUCAAUUUUUGUAAAUGAAUAUCAGAUUUUAACCAAUUGUAAAUUUUCUAAUGCAAAAUUUAAGAUUGUUACAUUCAUUUUGCAGUGUUUAUUAUUCAUUAAGAUGUUAAUGUCACUUCACAUUAUCAUACAUAAAGAUUUUAAGAGGUUGUCAUUGGUGAUUUUUUAAUUUUUUGCCAGGGUAAAUUAUUCACUAUUAUGUGUGAUAUUAACAGUCAAAGGCCCUGUAUUUCAUAAUGAUGAAAUGUUAAUGUUGUUACACUGAUUUGAUUGUUAGAUGUGGCAUUGAAAUUUUCUAAGAGACAUUAUCAUUAUUUCAACAUAUAAUGCCAAAAAUUUUGUUGCACAAAAUUUUUUCAGAUGGGUGGGGCAUGUAACGGACUAUGUUUUCACAUGAAAACAGAGAGGUAGCAUGAGUGAACAGUGAAUUGUGUUGACCAUGUAUUUUGAGAUGCAAAUGUGAACUCCACGUUUUUGGAGAGUAAAAUUAUGUUUUUGUCAGAGCGGUUGUUUUGCACGCUUUGCUGGUAAUAAAGUAUGAGUUGACUGAGAUAGUAGAGAGCUGAGCGUAGAGCAGUAGAGUCAGUAGCGUGAGAGCUGUGUGAUUAGACAGUUGACAGUUUAGUGUGAGGACGUGUCUUUCUUAAUGAUGGAAUACUAUAGAUAUAUAUAUGAAAUUACAUUCAUGCAAGGAUUAUUUAUUAAUAUUAUCAAUAUAAAGUGUGUUCAAUAAAGUACUGUAAGUUUAACCAGGAUUCAGUAUUCUUAUUUGCGUGCCCGGAUUAUAAUCCGGAAGAAAGAAGAAGCCUUAGUCGGCAUCCUGAAAUAUCAACAUAACAUAAGUAACCAUACUACUGACAUAACCCACAGCAUAAGAAAUAAGCUCCCACGCCAUGUCAGAGUAGAUGUGUUACAGCAAUAAAUAACGGAGCACUUCCGGUUCUGCACAUUGAGGUAUAUUGAGGUAUGCGAAACGUCAGCUCAAUUGUCUUGUCUCUAUUUUCAAACCCAAAUUAUCUUGUCACAAUAUUUAUAUAUUCAACAUUUUGAGCAGGGGAUGCAGCACCUUUCUAUAAAUAUCUUUAUUUACAGUUCUGUCUUAAUAUUCUAUAAAAAGUAACAAUUCAUUGUAAAUGAAAAUCACUUGACAGUGAUUUCAUUGAAUGAUUCAUUUAGAAUAAAAAAUGUGAUUUUAUUAAAAAUAAUAAUGAUUAAAUGAGUGCUGUCACUCCCCAGAUUGGGAAUCAUAAAGAAACCAAUGAUUCUAAAACUGGGAGAAAUCAUGCCUCCUCCAGGCACACCAGUUUUACAGACUAACUCAGUGAGGACAACUUUAUCAGGAGAAAACAUUGACUAUGACACAUACAUGAAGAACCGAAGACCUGGAUCUAUAGUUCCAGAAGAGGUGAGAUAAAUCAGUAGGUCUCAAAUAUUUAGUUUACUUAUAACUCAGUAGUUCUUAAACAUUUGGAUUACUCAUCACUUACUGCUAAAUAUUACUAAAAAUCAUUGGAUUUUCAAAAAAUUAAAGUGAUUUAUUUAAAAACAAUGAUUUAGUUAUUGGUCACUGGGACAUGGUAUUUAGUGAAUAAUUGUUGAGUAUUUCCAUUCCAAAGCUUUCUAAAUGUUGUUCUUCUUGGAUUCUUGAUGUCAAACGAGUUGAGGUGCGAGUAUUAUUAAGUUUACAUAUUCUUUAAUUGAUAUUGGGAAGAAAAAAAAAGUUUAUGGAAAAAAAAACCAGACUUAUUGAAUUCAAAUUGUUGCUCCCUAAAUAUUGUUAAUUUAGACAUAAUUUUAAUAUUUUUGAUUUAUUUAUGCCAAUUCAAAAUUUGUGUUGUUUUUUUUAAAGAUAAGAUAAGAUUCUUUUAUUGAUCCAAAUAAAUGGAAAUGUUUUUUGGACUGCCCAACAAAAUAUUACUACCAUUAAAUGUUGAAAAAUCUCUAAAUUGUGUUUGUCAUUUAAAAUUUUUGGAAGCAACUUGAUUUUUAAAAAAAAUAUUAAUUGUAAUUCUCUCAAAAUUCUGCAUUAAUUUUUUAAAAAUAUGUUUAUAUUUUGCUGACAUAAUAUGUGACAGAACACUUUUGAUAAUGUAUUUUGUCUGUCAGACCUUUAGGUCAUUAUACUCCGUAACAGCCCCAUCUUUAUCAGAGGAAGGCCCAGUUGUGAUCAACCUUAAAAAGUUGGAGUCUGGGACCUUGUUGAGCCUUCAGGCUGAUAAUGUUGCCAUGGAGACAGUGAUGGCACAGCUGGAGGGGACAGGACUCAUGCAUUCUCAGAGUAAAGACAAACACUUGAAAAUGAAGGAGGAAAUAAGUGACGAGGUAGGGCUACAGAGAUUAACACUGUUAGUUUAUAAGUCCAGUGCAUCUGACACAGGCAACAUCAAGUACAUCUGACGCAGGCAACAUUAAGUUAAUUAUACAUAAAAAUCCUUUUCACAACAUAAUAUGUUCAUUGCAAAAAUAAAUGGGGAGCACCUACAUUGCAAAGUUCAUUCUAAAAAUUCAAAAUUAAAUUAAACUUUCAAACCAGGCGUCACGUGCAUAUUUUCAAUGUUUAUGUUAAUAGUCGAAUGUAACAAUGUAUUUAAAACUAAUUUGCUGCCUUUCAAUUAUCUUGCAACUGUUGUGGGUGAGCAAGCAAAUCUUCAAAUUAUUUUAUCCAUACUCUUAAACCCCUCCCCCCCCCCAACCAAAGCUGUUAAAGUUGUUGAUACAAAAUUAAUUCCUGGAAAGAUAAAUGAUAAGAUUUCUCAGUAAAUGUCUCAUUUUUUCUGCUUAUAAGUUCUUUUUAUGGCAUCUGAAAACCCUGAUGGGCAACCAUCUAAAGACACAAUACUUAACAACUUAUUCUGAGUUAUUCAUUUAACUAAUACCCGGUAUAUAAAAAUAUGAAGUGAUUAUCUAAUGUUUGACUUGUUUCAUCAACAAUAAAAAUUACGUUUGCUUUCCUGCAAUGGUUUUCAUAUUGAACAUGAGACAUUCAGUGAUUUAAUUUUAUUUCUAGUAGAAAAUAAUGCACCAGCCAUAGUGUAACUGCCUCUCUUUGUCUUUAUCAACUCCUCAUUGUUCUACUGAUAUCAUCAGAGACCCAAGCCCAGGACGAUUAAGGACAUCAGACAGUUUUUUGGCCCUGUAGUCCCAGUUCACGAUCCCAGUGAUACAGAGGAAUGGGACACGGCGAAGACUGGGUUUAGGCUGACUGGUAAGGAAAUGUGGUUAGUGAAAGAUUGAAAAGCUUCAGUUGUAGGCAUAUCAUUUAGUGUGUGGUUGGUGUUAGCAGUUGAUUAUUUUAUCACUGAAAACCCCUUGGUUUCCGUGGUUGGUGUUAGCAGUUGAUUAUUUUAUCACUGAAAACCUCUUGGUUUCCGUGGUUGGUGUUAGCAGUUGAUUAUUUUAUCCCUGAAAACCCCUUGGUUUCCAAUGAAAUCUAAAAGAAAUUGCAAACAAGUCACCUAAACAUCUAAAUAAUAAUUACAAACUAAUUAAUCAUUAUUUUUUUCAAUGGCCUCUUAAAUAUUAUUCGGUGACUUACUUCAUUCGGAAAUAUUUCAAACAAUUAUUAUGAUAUUCAUAAUCAUCAUAGCCUUGAUUAAUAAAUGAAUACAUUUUUAUCUAAAACAACUUUUUGGUUCUGGUGCCAUUUAUGAAAAUUGAGUUUGAUACCUAAUUCAUGCUCCUUUGCUCUGAAAUAACACAGGUCGAAAGCCUAAAUUCGUUAUAGCUGAUGCAACCGCUGAAAUGAUACUGAGUCGUAAAGCUGCAGGGCAAAUGGUACGAGAUGCAGAGACGGACAGAAUGACAAAAGAGUUGAUCAAACCAAAGGUACUUUUCUUGUGUAUCAAAUGGUACAAAUGUUAGUGCAAUUGUAGUGGUACCAGGGUUAGUGCAAUUGUAGUUGUACUAGGAUUAUUACAUUUUGAGUUGUGCCAGGAUUAUUACAAUUUUAGUUGUAGCAGGAUUUUUACACUUGUAAUUGUAGCACGAUUAUUACAUUUGUAAUUGUAGCAUGAUUAUUACAUUUGUAAUUGUAGCAGGAUUAUUACAAUUGUAGUUGUAGCAGGAUUAUUACAAUUAUAGUUGUAUCAGGUUUUUUACAAUUGUACUUUCAGCAGGAUUAUUACAACUGUAGUUGUAGCAGGAUUAUUACAACUGUAGUUGUAGCAGGAUUAUUACAACUGUAGUUGUAGCAGGAUUAUUACAACUGUAGUUGUAGCAGGAUUAUUACAACUGUAGUUGUAGCAGGAUUAUUACAACUGCAGUUGUAGCAGGAUUAUUACAACUGCAGUUGUAGCAGGAUUAUUACAACUGCAGUUGUAGCAGGAUUAUUACAACUGCAGUUGUAGCAGGAUUAUUACAACUGUAGUUGUAGCAGGAUUAUUACAACUGCAGUUGUAGCAGGAUUAUUACAACUGCAGUUGUAGCAGGAUUAUUACAACUGCAGUUGUAGCAGGAUUAUUACAACUGCAGUUGUAGCAGGAUUAUUACAACUGCAGUUGUAGCAGGAUUAUUACAACUGCAGUUGUAGCAGGAUUAUUACAACUGCAGUUGUAGCAGGAUUAUUACAACUGCAGUUGUAGCAGGAUUAUUACAACUGCAGUUGUAGCAGGAUUAUUACAACUGCAGUUGUAGCAGGAUUAUUACAACUGCAGUUGUAGCAGGAUUAUUACAACUGCAGUUGUAGCAGGAUUAUUACAACUGCAGUUGUAGCAGGAUUAUUACAACUGCAGUUGUAGCAGGAUUAUUACAACUGUAGUGGUGGCAGGUUGCUCUUACUGUACUUUUUUUUUUAUGUAUCCUCAAAAAUGACAGUACAUUUUUAGUUUUUAAAUUUGUUUUAUUUAACAAGACUUAUAUAUGGCACAAUUAUUAUUGUGUUCUAAAUCAAGAUAAUUAAUAGUUUAUUUGUGAGAGAUGCUUAAGAAAAAUAAAUGUUAUUUUAAGUACUAUGCAACCAUAUUGUUAAGCUUCACCUAUUUUAAUACAAAUAUUUUAUGAUAUUGUGAUAGAUUUUGUGAAUGCGGCUAAAGUAAUUUUCUUAUUUUCAGCAUUGUAAUAUUUAUUUAUGUCAUUAAAUAUUCUAGCAAUAAAUAAUAAUUAUAUGAAAUGUCAUCAAUCAUUAGUUAAUAUUAUGACAUCAAUCAUUAGUCAAUACUUAUGUCAGGAAUCAUUAUGUGAUCAAUUGUUAAACAUUAUUUAUUUCAGAGAUCAAUUUGAAAAAAUUAUGUUAUCAAUCAUUAAUCAACGUUUAAAUCAUUAAUGAAUACUCAGUAAUAUAACAAUAACAUUUGAGAUGUGUUAUUAUGUUUGCAGGUCAAAGUUCGGCCUUACAGUUCUCUAACCAAUGAGCAGAGACUAUUCAACAGGGCACAGGGUACUAUGGCACUGUCCUGCUUGAUGGCUGUCCACAAGGCCUACAAAGUAAGUACACAUCUCAAUACUGGGUACUAUUCACCAGGGCACAGGGUACUAUGGCACUGUUCUGCUUGAUGGCUGUCCACAAUGCCUACAAAGUACACAUCUCAUUACCGGGUACUAUUCACCAGGGCACAGGGUACUAUGGCACUGUUCUGCUUGAUGGCUGUCCACAAUGCCUACAAAGUACACAUCUCAUUACCGGGUACUAUUCACCAGGGCACCGGGUACUAUGGCACUGUUCUGCUUGAUGGCUGUUCAUAAGACAUACAUAGUAUUUUAAAAUCUCAAUACUAUUAACAUUGGGAUAACGCCACAUGUUCUGAUAAAAAUUUAGCCAAUGCCCAUAACAGAUUGGCAACUGGUUAGCGUUGUUUGCCCCAACCAAUUUUUCAUUCGGGAAAAUGUGGGGAGGGGAAGAUCUCUUGAUUGCGCCAGCCACAACAAUUAAAACUUUAAUUUUUAAUUUGUUUUUUGCUGCCUCUAAGAUUGCAUGAUUAAUCCUACGCGUGUUGGACUGCAAUAAAGCUGUGAUUGUUGAGACACAAAUAAUUUGUGUCAAUAAAACAAUAAAGGUCAAAGUCUAAGCUUUUACUUUUAUAUUGGUAGCGCAGAAUACAAAUGCAAAUGUUUUUUUGUUGCACUGACGAAGGCAUUUGCCGUAACUUUUCCAUUUGUAUUCUGGGUAACCAUUAUGAAAGUUUAACCUUUGACUUUUAUUGUCUUAUUUUACACAAAUUUUUUGUGUCUCUAAGAUCACACUUGAUUUUGUCAAAAAAUCCUGAGGUGCCACUGCAAUUUAGGGCGGCAUAUCUGUCAAUUCCUAAGUUUCAUCAUAAGAAAGGUUUAAAAAGGUCACUAUUCAACAGACUUGUAAAAUUGUCCAUGAAACUGAGAGCUGAAUAAAUCCCAAUAGUUAUUUUCUCUUUCAUGUCUUUGCCAUUAAAGACAUUGGUCAUUUGAUUGGAGCUUUAAGGAAGAGCAAAUAAACUUUUCUAUCAUUAUGUCAGAAAACACAAAGGUAAGCAGAGAUGAAAUUAGUUUGGUAAAUCGGAGUGAUUACUUUAUGUCAAUUCAAUGUACACUUCAUCUUCAGUUCAGUGUAAACAUUCCAUGUUUAAUGUAAUCUUUUCAUUGAAGUAAGCUUUGCAAGAAAACAAUACUUAAAAUAGCCUGCACUUGUAUUUUCAAAUUUUGUUUACGAGAUGAAAAUUUGAGUACGAUCUAUAAUAUCUGUAACUUUCUCUGUAAAUAUCUUUGUAAAUAUCUCUGUAAAUAUCUUUGUAAAUAUCUCUUCCUUUGAAGGGUUCAUAAUAUUGUUUGUUCUGUUGUUCUUUUUUUCCAUAGCAAAGAGAAAAAGCAGAAAAGUCUGCUGCAAAAAUUGAGAAUAAUUUAGGGAUGAGAGAGGAACGCCUCCGUGCUAGGGACAGAAUCUACAUGUAUCAUGAACAGCGCAGAGCUCAAAUACUCAAGUCUCGGGAUAUAGAAAGGUCACAAAUUGUGGAGCAGCUGGAAAAACGAGAGCUGCAGAGGCUCAAUUCUCUUGACAAACAACAGGAAUGCAAGGCAAGAACUUGGUGUGAAAUGUUCAGUCUGAAAAAUGAAUAGUAGAUAAGUUAAAGUGGCAACUUUAUAUUUGAUAAGUUAAAGUGGCAACUUUAUAUUUGAUUUUAUAAAUAGUCACAUACUGUGUUUAGGUUGAUAGCUAAAUUUACUAAGAAGUGAAGUGGCCCAUUUUAAAAGUAGCGGUGAUUGAGGGUGGCCCAUUAAUUUUUAAAUUUUCACUAUUGAUUUGUAGGGAUUCAAUCAUUCUGAGCCUUAAGUUGAGCAUUUUAAUGUUUCCAUUAUGCAGUGCUACUACAACAUUUACAAUUAUAAUAAUUUAAACACAAUACAUCUAAAGUAUUUCUCUAUCAUAGAAAACAGCCAUCAAUGAACUCCUUCAGUGACAAUGAUGACUUAAUUAGUGAUUAUUUAGUGAUUAUUUUGACUUGGUAAUCGCUGGGAGGAUGCUGGUAACAUUGACAGAAUGUAGGACAAAAUAAUCUUCAUAUCUUUAGGUCUUAACCUUAAGAGAAAGAAUUCACCCUGAUCAAGCUGAUCGUAGAUAUUUGUGAUGAAGAGAGUAGGAUGUAUUAUCCAAAUUUUGUUAAAAUUUUCAACAGCAAUUGCAUGAAAUGAUUUCUUCAAGUGAAGGGUGUUUAGUUUGUGUGAUAGUUCCAGCUUUUUUGAUUAGUCUAUUUCACUGGUGUUUGACGUCAGACGAUGAAUUCCCACAUCAGGAGUUAAUACUGAAGAUCAGUAGGCAUCCAAAUGUUGCAAUAAGUUACAACUUUUUUUGUUUACAUCGAAAUAGUACUUUGACUUUUUUAUACAGCAUUUGACCGUGUUCAUGCUGUGUCAGCUUAUUAUUAAUGGUGACACUUAGGUUCUUAUGUGUCACUAUUUGCUCUAUAUGCUAGUGUGUUUUUUUGUUGUGAGAUCUGUGAUUCUCCUUCCAUUUAUUUUUAAAAAGCAUCUCGGUUAUAAAAUGAAUGGAAACAAAAAAACACUAUUUUUAUCCUCAGUCUACUUAUUUUAAGUAGCUUCUUUAUCACCAGAAUUUACAUGGCUCAUCCAUUUGUUACCUUAAGCCAGGGGUCAGGAACCUAUGGCAUGCGAGCCAGAUGUAGCUCUAUUGAUGGCUGCAUCUGGCUCGCAGACAAAUGUUCGAUUAUAAAAAAAAAGUCGCAUUAAUGGUAAGAAAUACUCAUUAUUGAUUAGCAACAGGGUAACAAUGUUAUUAAAAAGAAUUCAGAGACAUAAUUAUUGCAUUUUUAGUGUUGAAAUUACACAAAAUGCACACAUUUACUUGAAUUUUUAGUUUUAAACAUAAUUUAUGGCUCUCACAGAAUUACUUUUCAAAAUAUGUGGUGUCCAUGGCUCUCUCAGACAAAAAGGUUCCCGACCCCUGCCUUUAGCCAAUCACAUCUGCAGUCUCAUAUUAUGAUUUCAUGUCUAUAGUUAAGAGCACUGGCGGCUUGUUUAUAUCCACAACACCCCCUAUUUCAACCCAAAAUAUAUUAACGUGCAGUAAUGAUUUUUUUCUUCUUUCUUUCUCUCUUACAUGUACAUAAUAUUUAAUACUAUGAUACAUAAUUGAGGUCAAGGGUCACCUUCAUUCAUUUCCUUUGUGAAAAAACUGCAAAAAUGCUUGCAUGGAACUGCGUGCUUCAUGGUUUCGGUGACAUGGUGUUUGGUUGUUCCACUCCUGUGCACAUGUCAAAAGAAGAAACAGGCCAACCAACAGUUAAGAGAAGCACUAUUGCUCAUGCAGUUCCAAUCAAGUUUUGCAUCACAGUGUGGCCUAUGUGGUGUACAUUACUAAGUGAUAAAAUGUAGAUGAUAAUUUUAAUAUUUAUAUGUAAGUUAAAAAAUAAGUUCUUUUUUCAGGCUUUUAGCAUUUUAUAUAAGUUUUCGUUCUCUGUGUGUAAGUAUUUCGUUUGGCACAAUAUUAAAAUAACGCCUUAAAAUUUUCUGAAGCAGCAACCUGAUUAAUUCAAGUCACAAGCAGCCACCGUCAUUAAAAAUCAUUUCAUUUCUUUUAAAAAACAUUUAUGUAUUUAAUAUUUUGUUAUCCCAGCAACAUUUUUUUUGCAAUGAUUCAAUAUUGAUUUAUUUUGUUUGACUGUUUAGGUCAGGAGUGCAGACAUUAGCAAAUUAUCCAAGGCCAACCAGGCAUUUAUGCAGGAAUUCAACUCGCAGCACACGUCAGUGUCUAAUGCACUCCUGCGACAUGACAGACAAGCCAAAUGGGAGGACACAAGGACACACAAAAAGAACAAGGUCGCAAAUGCCAAGGUGAGACAUGAGACCUUCUGUCAAGUUUAAAAGCAGAAAUCCAUUUCCCUUUUAAUUUAACAGUCCAAUAAAAAUAUAAUCUGACUGGUCACAGUUUUUGGUUUAAUGGACCAAAAGACGGAAAUCACAAUCACCAUCUAUGUGCUUAUGCUUGGCUAGUCAACAAGGGCAAUCCUAUUGAUUAUAAAUGUGGAGCAAUGCAUAGAUUAGAAAGACAGACGUAAAUAAAAGCACCACUUAGAUUAAACAAUUUUACAAAUUCUCAUUAUACAAUUUUACAAACAGUUUAGUGAAAAUUAAUAAAUUUAAAUGUUAAUAAUGCACUUAAGCACAUCAUAUGAGAUUAUAGAAGUAUUGCACUUGAGCACAUCAUAUGAGAGUAUAGAAAUAUUGCACCUGAGCACAUCAUAUGAGAUUGUAGAUUUUUUCCUGUCUAGUUUUCUAUCAAUACCAUAAUUCUUCAAAAACUUUUAUUACCUUUAUAAGGUCAACUCUGUAAAAAAAAUUCAACCAUGUAAGAAUUAGUAUGAGCAAAACAAAUGCACAAUUUUGGAAAGAUCAACAAUAACAUAUCACUCUCAGUUGUGUGGGCUGUAUAAAUAUACUCUUGUAUACGUGUAGUGUGGGAUAUAUAAAUAUACUCUUGUAUAGGUGUAGUGUGGGCUGUAUAAAUAUACUCUUGUAUACGUGUAGUGUGGGAUAUAUAAAUAUACUCUUGUAUAGGUGUAGUGUGGGCUGUAUAAAUAUACUCUUGUAUACGUGUAGUGUGGGAUAUAUAAAUAUACUCUUGUAUAGGUGUAGUGUGGGCUGUAUAAAUAUACUCUUGUAUACGUGUAGUGUGGGAUAUAUAAAUAUACUCUUGUAUAGGUGUAGUGUGGGCUGUAUAAAUAUACUCUUUUUAUAGGUGUAGUGUGGGCUGUAUAAAUAUACUCUUGAGUUUUCUUACAUCUUUAUUAUUUUAAUUUAAAAUUUAAAUCUAUUUAUAACUGUAUUUGGUAUCUCUCCAGCUUACUGAAAUUGAGCAGCUAGAUGUGGUUAAGAAUUACCUGGAGCACAGACAGCUCAUGAGGCAGACGGAGACAGCUGUGGCCAGGGCUGCGCUCCAUGCCAAGAUGCUGGCCGAGGCCAAUGAGCGCAUCAUGGAUGCUCGCAACAGAGUGGCGCAACAAAGGGCCUGCCAGGCUACCAUUCAGGCUCUUUACCCUGUGCUGCCUAGCACAAUCCCUCUGUCUAGCUCAGCACCUGCGGGAAUGUCCAGGUGGCAGGGUUCUACCACAAUGUCAGAAGGCUCAAGGCAUAAUCAUACUCUUCACAAUUUUCAAUCAAUUGCCUUGAAUUAGUCUGGUAUUAUUUCAACCCCACAGCAUAAAAUCACAUAGUGAAAAAUUAAGCCAUAGUCAUGGAUAUAUUUGUAUUGUAAUUUAUCCCUCCCCCAUCACCACCCCAUUUCAGUCUUGGAAAAAAGCAGUGUAAAACAUCCAACCCUGGAUAUUUUUUUUAACUUAAUUGGUUUUAACAAUCUCAUUAUUCUUUGCUCACUGGAACUAGUAUAGACUGUAACUGUAACUAAAUCCAAGAAAUUUUAUCAAGCCUGUUAUGAGCAGAAUUCAUAGAGCAUAAUGUGAGAGUGAGAGAAAAGUAGAUUUAAUGGUUUAUCAUCCUGUGAUUUAGUUCAUUUUAAACCAAAUGAGGUUUAUAAACUAAUACAUCAUGAUGUCAUAUCAAGUUGGAACCACAAAUCUUUUUUAAAUAAAUGUAUUUUGAGGACAAUUAAAACUGACAAAUGGUAUCCUAUAAUUUUGAGAGGGUGUUUAUCGCCCAGCUGAAGUUGUUUCAAAGGUCUUUUAAAAAAUAUAUAUAUAUUUUAAUUUGUUUAAAUGUGUAUAUGUUGUUUAACAAAGAAAUCAAUCUUGGAGCUCAAAAGCAUAGAAUUAAAAGAACAUCCUUUUUUUUUUCUUAACUGUUUUGUUUUUUUUUUAAAUAAAAAGAUGACCUUAAAUAACCCUGACAUAAACUAAGCACUCUCCAACAUUGAAAGUUUUGAGGAGAUUUCAUGAACAUAUUGAAAUUAAAACAAAAAUCUAGUUAAAGUCUGAAAUUAUUUUUAUUCUUUAAUCACACAAAUUGUUCACCCUUUUUUGUACAUAUAAUUUAUUAAAAUUACAAAAAAAUAAAUUGCUUUAAUUGUAAACAAUACAUUCCAACAAAAAACAAUAUUUUGG